AUGCUUGACCAACACCCUGCGUCUUGGUCUAAGAAUGGUAUCAUUGCAUACAGUGACUCCAAUUCAACGAAAGGUAAUCUAUGUAUAACUUUUCUGGAAAAUAUUAAUGGUAGUAACUGGAGAUUUCAUCCACCAGCAAGGUAUGUAAUCCAUCCUCAAUUGCACGAGGUGCCAAUAAGCAGUGGAAGUAAAAAAACAAAUUCCUCUGGUAGCAAUACUACAGUUGCAACUACUGCAGCCACAGUUUCAAAAUCAACAACCGCAGGAGGUAGCGGUUCACCAUCCCAACAUACCACAGCUUCAAAUGGAGCAACCUCGAACAGUAAAUCCAGUAAUCAUUUCUUUUACGAUAUUACAUCGAUCCACUGGAAUAACUGGUUUAGUCUUCCGGGUGAUAUGUUGGCUGUGUGUGACGAAUUGGGUAAUAUGACAAUGUUAAUCGCUGGACAAAGUCCAGAAGGUGCAACUACGUUUGAAAAAUUGACAAUGUUGUUUCAAGAUAAUAUUUAUAAGAUACAUAAUCAUGUUGCACCACUAGCACAACAGUCUGAUAAAAAUAUUGGAGGUACUAUUGAAAAGAAACGAACAAAAAAAGAAUAUAACACACGUAUCUUAGAUUUCCAUUGGUUAAGUUCUUCAAAGAGUAUUAUUAUAUCUCAAUUUUGUGCAUUUGACUCAACGUCUAAUGUAUACAGGAAUAAAGCUCUUCAGAUUGCUCCAAGUGGUGUAUUUUAUCCUCCAUUUAUGAAAUAUGCUUGUAUGGCGGUCAGAAGGAAUGGUCAAUUGGAUUUUUGGUAUCAAUUUUCAAAUUCCAAAGAUCAUAAGAAAAUUAAUUUACAUCUAUUACCAUCACAAAAUCAAAGAUUAAAAGAAUUGGACUGGUUCCAAUUUGCUAGAAUAACACCAAUGAAGGAUGACCAAAGUAUAUUGGUUAGUGGUUAUUCCAAAUUAACAAAGAAAAUAUGCUUUUACAAAGUAAGAGUCAACUGGAACACACCUAGUACGAAUAAGAAUAAUACAUUAAAUGACCCAACGUUAACAGUAACACCUAUCUUAGAAGUUCCAUUGUCUACUGUGGAUAGCGAAGGAAGGGUUUUGAAAUUUUAUGAUCUCGUUGUCUUAUCGAAGACAGCUAUUGAUAAGGAUACAUCAGCAGAAGUCCUUAUUGUAUAUCACAUAUGUGGUACUCAGAAGACAUUAAUAAAAAGAUUUAAAUUAAUGAAUUCAUAUUUGGCUAUGGAUUUCUUAAGUGUUUUAAAACCUGGUAUUGAAUCGAUUAAUGGUGGAAAUAUGCAACCCAUUAAAUCCAAACAUUAUACAUUACGUCAUGGACAUGAUAUAUUUUUAGAUAAGAGGGUAUCUAAUAUCACGACUGAAUUAUUGGAUAAUUUUGUAACAUUUUUCUACGAUGAUGGUAGUGUGGAUGUUUUUAACCAAAAUGAUUGGAAUAAAGAAAGAGAAAGAAUUAAAUCUCAAAGUAAUAAAUCAAAAUUUUUGAACGUAAUGACAUCUGCCUUAAGUACAGGUUUGAGUUUCCAAAAUAUUCCAUUAUCUAGUGCCAUUGAUUGGGUAAGAUUAAGUCCGACUAUGACAGGUAUAAUAUACAAAUUAAAGACUGAUCAUGUUCCGAGAUUUGUCACCUUAACCAGACCUGAUUUAACGGAUCCUUCUUUGGAUGAAUUAGAUGCAAUUGCAUUCGCAUUUACAUUUGUCAAUAGUACACAUCGACAAUUAUCUUCAGAGGAUCUUUCUGUGGCGUGUAAAGCUCAUAUUAAAAACUUAUCAGAGAUGAGUGAAGAUAGAGCUAAAGAAUUUAUAAUGACAUUGAUGUCUAACUUGUACCCAUUCUUCAAUGUUUCGCCUGAUGCUCCAAAGGAUAUAAUGGAUAAGAUGAUAUCUAGUAGACCAAUUCAAAAGAUAAUGUUAUUACAACUUGAACUCGGUACCAGGCUUAAAGAUGAAAGGAUAGCACAAAUGGCUAGAGUUAUUUUAUAUUUAAAAAAUGUUUUAUUUGCGUUUAAUGGAGUAGCACGUAAUUUACAAUUUGCCAUUGAACAAAUGAAUAAUGGGAAUACAAAUGCAUCUACAAAAAUGUUUCAAACAUUAUUUUCUAAACAAGAUUUAAUUUAUUCUUUGAUUCCUAUCGCAAACUGGUUUGUUAAAUUUGUCACAUUUUUAAUUCAAGAAGUGUUGUUACUUGUUAAUAAUCCGUCAGAAAGUAAAAAUACUUUAGUACUGGGUGUCUUUGGAGCUAAGAUGCCACGUCAAUUGAUACUAUCUGUGUUAAAUGAAAUUAAAAAGAUAAUGCAAAUAAUAUCAAAGUUCCCAGAGACAACAUAUCCCGUUUUAAAUGAGUCUUCCACGUAUUUACGUAUGGUAUUAAGUGAUACCCCUGUAAAUUUUGAAAAAUUCGAAACAUUCUUAAUUGAUGUUAAUAAUAAAUUCACUGCAUUCAGUGAACAACAACCUGCAUCUGAGAAAGAUAAUAUCUUAAAGAGAGAAUAUUCAUUAUUAAUUCAAGCUGAAGUUCCUCCUUCACAUAGUAGAAUUUCUGAUUUCCUGUUAGCUUAUUCAUGUAACGCCGUUAUUUCACAUAUCAAACCAUCUGAUGUCUAUUUCACAGAUACCACAGGUUUAAGGUUAACAGAUACAGAAUUUUUAGAACCAAAUUUCUCUCAUUUAUUACAACCAAUAUCGGAAGGGGUUGUGGUAAAUCUUUUAUCGGAAGAUCAGAACUCGUCUAAGAAAUUUAGUCAAAUGACCAUUGAUGGCGUCACAUAUGAUAAAUUUAGUCCCAAGGAACUUCAAAAUGGUAAAAUGAAGCGUUGUAGUAGAUGUGGUGCUGUUACAAGAGCAGGUUACGUCAUUGCAGAGGAUAAGACUAUCGUUCCAACUUCGAUACACACAAAAAGAUGGCCUACAAUGUACACGAGGACAUGUAUAUGUUCCGGUAUGUUGUACGAGUUGCAGCAUUAA